UGGUGAUGCUAGUCGGGCAUGCGGGUGCAGGCAGCGAUCGGUUGAAAAGCAUGCAUUUGGUUUUUCUAGCGUUUAAGAGCAGUUGAUGCUGUGGAUCACUGUGCCAGAGUAUUGAUGCUGUGGAUCACUGUGCCAGAGUAUUGAAGCUGUGUAUGUCUGUGCCAGAGUAUUGAAGCUGUGUAUGUCUGUGCCAGAGUAUUGAAGCUGUGUAUGUCUGUGCCAGAGUAUUGAAGCUGUGGCUCACUGUGCCAGAGUAUUGAUGCUGUGUAUGUCUGUGCCAGAGUACUGAAGCUGUGUAUGUCUGUGCCAGAGUAUUGAAGCUGUGUAUGUCUGUAACAGCAAAUAAUAAAGCUGUGGCUCACUGUGCCAGAGUAUUGAUGCUGUGGCUCACUGUGCCAGAGUAUUGAUGCUGUGGCUCACUGUGCCAGAGUAUUGAUGCUGUGGCUCACUGUGCCAGAGUAUUGAUGCUGUGGCUCACUGUGCCAGAGUAUUGAUGCUGUGGCUCACUGUGCCAGAGUACUGAAGCUGUGUAUCUCUGUGCCAGAGGGCAUUCCCCCCCCCCUCCCCAGCUGCCAAGAUGAUGAAGGAGUGCCUCCAGUUCUUCAUCGAGCCGGCCCAAAAAAUCAAGAUCCGCCUCAAGGAGUCUCGUAAGAAAGGGACGGAUGAGAAGAAAGAACCUUUAGUGGAGAGUCAGCUGUUCAUAAUGGAACUGGCCAGGGAACUCAACAGACUGUGCCAGAGGUCGAAGGUCUUAGCCCACAUCUGGACCAGUGAAGACAACUGGCCUCCCAGUGUGUGUAGACACUUCAUAGUGGAGUGGGCUGCUGUGCUAGAGAAGAGAGGCCAGACAGAGAAGAGGGACUGGAAGACAGGGGGAGAGUAUGACAUGGGAACCCACAAACGGGUCAUCAUGGACUGGACACACCAGCUCAGAAACAGACCAGAGCCCAGUAUCUGGCCCGGUGAGCCCGUAUUGAUGAUGUUGGAUGAUCUGGAGUUCCAGUGGCAGAGGGGGCGUCUGCCGAACCUUCUCCCAGCCAUGGAGCUGGUCAUGUGGGUGGUGCUGAGUGCAGACAGCCCUGACAAGGAGGACGUAACCAAGCAGUGGCUGAUCAGAAAACAGAGGAGUCAGAAGAGCGAUGCAGCCCGCUACAUUCCCCACAACGUAUGGAACUGGAUCUGUGAAGCUGCAGAGGAAGUGACCCUUGACCCCAAGACAGCCAACCCUGACCUCUUCCUCUCUGAUGACGACAAGCGAAUGCGCUGUGGCCUGGAGCGGCGAGACAUCCCUAACUGCAGUCGCCGCUUCGACGGCUGGUGGUUUUGCGCUCUGGGAAGCGAGGGCUACAUCUCCGGGCGUCAUUACUGGGAAGUCGAAGUGGGCGACCGGGACUGGCGGCUGGGCAUGGCUAAAGGCUCCGCCCAGAGGAAGGGUUACAGUCCCCUCAACACACAGACGGGCUACCUCACCCUGAGGCUGGAGAGGGGCUCAGACCUCAAGGCGCUGACGGUGCCCGCCACGCCACUGGCCCAGAUGCUGGUGCCCAGAAAGGUAGGGGUCUACCUGGACUAUGAGCAGGGCCAGCUCUCCUUCUACGAUGUGGAGAAGAGGUCCCACAUCUACACGUACAACGAGACCUUCACAGAGAGACUGUUCCCCGUGUUUGGGACUGUAGAGGUGGUGAGGGAUCUGGUGAUCAGGCCGGCACAGACCAGGGAACCCUGCCUCUGCCCUGGACCCUGUCUCUGGUGAUAACGUAUUACAGCGUACUUCAAACCUGGAGAACUAGCCUGGAAUCCACAUGGAAUAUUGUAAAUGUAGUGAAAUUCAGUGUAAAUUCCAGGCUAGUGGAGGGCAGGCUUUUGUUCUGAUCAAGCACUAUCACACCUGAUUUGAUGGUGUGAUGAUUAGUUCAUUCAGGUGUGUUAAAAUAAGGCUGGAACAAAUGCAUGCACUCCUUAGGACCUGGGCUGAAGAACAAUUAUUACCUCCUCCCUGUUACACUUUUUAUUACAUUGCCUUCAUGCCACACUACUUCAAGGUACAAAGGAACUGUAAAAGAACGUGCUGCCCAAAUUACCCAAAGAUCUGACGUAGUUGAUAUUUAGUUCAGCAAGAGCUUGCACACAGAAGACACACACAGAGAGACACACAGAAAGACACACACACAGAGAGAGACAGACAGCUAGGGUUUACAGUCUAUAGUGUAUAAAAGGGAUGGUAGAGAAGGUAGCAUGCAGUACUUCAUUAUUCCUCCGAUUCUCUUAUUCUUAGAUUUUCUGAUUCUCUUCCUGUCUGAUUCUCUUCCUCUCUGAUUCCACUGUCCAGCUUGCAAGAGUCUAAGCAUAUUUUUGGAAGUUACGGUUGAUAUUGACAGUGUGUAAAAUGGUGUGAUAACAAUGCUUUUUUUUCAGUCAUCAAUAAAUUAAGAAAAAUCU